UAUAGAGACAUCUGAUAACAGAAGCCUGCAGUAGAGAAUGGAGCUGAACCUUCUACUGUGUCUCCUGCUGUACGGACAUCUAUACAUCACUUACUGUGAUAUUCCACAUGUAAGUCAGGCAGAGGGAAGCCGCGCCAUCCUUCGCUGUGGAAACCUAGCUAAUGGUACAGUGACCUGGAGCAGAGACAUCAAUGAACAGAGAGUGGACAUUCUGACCACUCAUAAUGGAGAGACGACCAAACACAUCGCUGAUCCGGACAGGCACUAUGACUCAAGAAAAGAUCAGGCACUGAUUAUAUUCAGACUCUCGCAGUCAGACGUUGGUAGAUACUACUGCAGUGGAGCUACAGUGAAACUGACUGUGUCACCACCCUUCAUCAGUCAGAGUGAAACAGAGGGGAGAGACGUCAUCCUGCCCUGUAUAAAUGAGGGUAAAGUGAUCUGGAGUCAAGACACUGAUGGAGGAAGAUCAGAUAUCCUCAGUGCUGAAAAUGGAGAAAUCACCCAGAAACACAGACCUGAUCCAGAAAACAGAUACAGUGUAGUUAGUAGUUUAUCACUCAUAAUAAAGAGCGUCUCUCUCUCUGACUCUGGGAUUUACUACUGUAACUCUGCUCCUGUAGUGAAUCUCACAGUGAAUCCUGCGCCAUUAAAAGCUGUGUCUUCAGAUGCAUUAUUAACUACUGCAUCCAGCCUCCUGCACACUGAAUAUACCACAACACCUACAGUAGCUGCAGGCAGAGUGAUCCUCCACCAGAAUAGACAGACAGACUGGACAGCAGGGAAGGAGGCAGCCCAGCUCAGCCCCUCAGAUGGAGAAGAAGGCCCCUCAAGCCAGUAG